CGCGACUCCCCGGGAGCUGAGCCGCGGGUUAAGGCGGCGAGCUCCCAGGCUCGCCGUACGGGUGACUGGGAGUGCCGGCCUUCCGCCUAAGCCUCGUGAGGGUGUUUGCUAGUUUGACUAAAACAGAGCGAAAUUGUUCACUUUAUUGACGUGAUGUUUAAAAAUGUAAGGUUACUAUGGUGUGUGAAAAAUUACGGCACCAGUACCGGAGUCCUAAGCCUAAGCGAAAUCACGAUGGCACGUUGUUGGAAACAGAAUCUUGGUGUGGAAAUGGCUGUGUGGGUCCUAAUUUCUUGGUAUGGUCACAACUGAACAUUUCUCUAGUUUUAGUUUAAACGUCUAGGAGUUGCAGCUAGGACUUCUCUCAAACUUGUGUGCUGAGGAGACUCGAUGUGGGCCUCAGCUCCUAGGCUGAAAUCAGCAGAUUGGCUCAUGAAAACUUGUGUAUUGAGACAAAGGAAAGGAUCUAGCAGAAAGCAACGUCUCUUAUCCUGGGCUUGGCAGCAAGGAAGAGGACAAGUAGUGGGAAUCCUGCAAUCUGAAAAGCAGACUGAAAGGUGACAAAGAAGCUGGAGAUGGGUGGCGGAGAGAGGUAUAACAUUCCAGACCCUCAAUCUAGAAAUGCUAGUAAGAACCAACAACAGCACCACAGACAGAAGAGCAAGGAUCAGAAUUCCCAGAUGAAGAUCGCGCAUAAGAAAAAGGAAAGAGGACAUGGGUACAAUCCAUCGGCAGCAGCAUGGCAGGCCAUGCAAAAUGGGGGAAAAAACAAGAGCCUUUCUAACAACUCCAACUGGAAUGCUAGCUUCUCAAGUCCUAGCUUGCUUUUUAAGUCUCAAGCUAGUCAGAACUAUGCUGGAGCCAAAUUUAGUGAACCACCAUCACCAAGUGUCCUCCCAAAGCCACCAAGCCACUGGGUUCAUGUUUCCUUGAACCCUUCAGAUAAGGAAACGAUGACAUUUCAACUUAAAACCUUACUUAAGGUACAGGUAUAAAAUUACAUAAGUACUAAUUUUAAAUUUUGUGAUGUUUACACGUGACAUUUUGUGGAAAAUUGGUAAUUUACAAGUGUAAAACAUUUGAUUUAUGUGCUGUAAACACUAUAUAGUGUCAGUGCAAUUUAAACAAUUGACUAAUCAAUUCUACUUGGUAGUGUUGCUUAACUAAAUUCAAGUUAGACAUGAAAAACAGUAACCUUAACUUUUUUAUUGUUUGAUGGGAAAAUUAAGAUUUAUGAGUUUAACAGACAAUUUCUGAAGAAAUCAGACAGUAAGCAUUUAGCAUACACAAGGUGCACAGUUCAGUUUCAUGGUCUAGGGUCACCCAAACUAUCUUGGGCAUUUAAAAAAAAAUAGCUUAAGUUACACACUGGUAAAUGUGUAAAGGGCAGGUGGGCCUCAUUAGAAGGAGCCAGCACUCGUGGCCCAGUGCUCAUUUCUUAAAUAACCAGAUAAUGUACCAAAUCUGUUCCAAAAACAGUGCUGAACAGCUUUCUAAGAACCACAAAGCUUGAAGUUGUGUGUUUGUGACAUUUAAAGCCAUGUAAAUACAUGUAAUAAGCUUGUAACAUAUGUAAUGAUAUCUUAGCCUUUAUUCUACAAAAUAAGACUAUUUUUAGUGUGGAUUUGCUGAAUGUAAGACCAUGAACUGUUUUUUGUUUUUUUUAAAUGGCCUAAUUUUAAAGGUCUACAGUUUUUAAAGGGUUGCCCUUGUGUUAAGUUGCCAGAGUGAAUCAAUGUGAAAUCAAUGCUUGUGGGAAAAAAAAAGUAAAUCUUUUAUAUUAAGUUUUUAUAGCUGAAAAGAUUUAAGCUAAAUUUCCCGUUUUUGUAAGAGAGAUGUACAAGACUUCCUCCCCAACCUUUUUAAACCUAGACUCAUUUUGGCUUUAUCAAUCUAAGUAACCAAUUUAUGUUCUGCCCCUAAUUUAUGACAAGGAAAGGUCUCUUGUAUGAUUAGACCAUAUAGCAAACUUUUGAUCUUGAUAAACAAGAGCUAAAUUGUAUUUUCUCAAUUAAGUUCAGAAGAGUCCAAAUUAAACAUUUGAACAUUCAUCCUAAAGGACAAGUACAUAAAAUUAUGAUCUGACUUUGAAAAAUAAACUUUUUCCCCCGA